UUAGACUUGUUUCACUCCUGCUGCAAGCCUGGUGAAGAACCUUCUGCUUGUUAACGGAUGCACAUUUGAAUGUAUUUCUUUAGAAGAUAAUUCUUUCUUCAAACUUCUGGAACUUUACAUUUUAAACAGACUCCAAAAAGCUACAAGGAUAACAUAUUUUUUAUUAUUUUUCUCCAGAACGUACAAGGGAGGCAUCAACAGAGUAACACUGCUAAAUAGUGUAGGUAUAAGGCAUGGAAAGAUACUUCACACCUGUGCGUGGCUCCUCAGAGGAUGAGGUCAAAAUGUACAAACAUUCCCAUCACUUACCUCAUCAACAUCCUCAUCAGCAUCCUCUCAACCAUCAUUACCAGCAUGGAUCACACAGUCACAGCUCUUCAAGCAGUCAUGGAAAACACAGUGAUAGACAUGCUCACCAUCACCACAAUAACCAGCAUCACGCUUAUCCUCCACACCCUAAAGUGUCUGGAGAACACCACAGAUUCAAUAAAAGGUCUUCCUCCAGCCUGUCCUCCUCCUCCUCCAAUUCUUCAUCUGUGUCUUGGACCUCAGAGCCCAGCUUGGAUGAUGAGACGCAUCUCAUGCACAAACCCCAGCAUUCCCUGUCCUGCUCCAACAUCCCUGAGGUUCAAAGGAAGAGCCACGGCAGAGAAUCUGAAGACUUUUUUGAUCACAGCGAUCCCCGCCACAGCCCGGAGAACUCUGUCGAACUGCUCCCUGCUUCUCAGCAUGAUAAUCGGAUGGCAAAACUCUCCAGGGGCCAUAGCAAAAGCGAGGAGGCCCUUCAGCAAAAUAAAGAUUGUUACUCAGCAGGAUCUCACCUCAUAGAUCAUGAGCCACUUUACAAAACUGCGAGCCUGGGACAAAGCCUUGCCUUUAGUGGCAAUGUCAACAACACACUCAGAGGCAGGGCAGUUCCCAAGAAGGCGGUUUCAACAAUUCAGCUGCCCAGCAAAGGUAUUCUGAAAAACAAAGAUGAGGGACAGAAAGGAGGCAACUUCAGGAAAGCCAAGUCUAUGGAGGUGCUCUCCACCAGGGUGCAGGUCACAGAAACAUCCAAGCAGAUUACUAUGGAAGCUGCGAGGGAUAACUUUGUGAAAGGGAAGCUGCAGUUCUCGGCAUUUCUUGAUGAGAUCACCAAGCAGGUAAUCAGUCCCCGUGCACUCAGCUCUUUUGGCUUAAACACACCAACGCCCCUAAAAUCUCCAAACGAAGAACGCAUAAACCGCAGAGGCAAGCAGGAGAGCGUUGUGCCGUCACCAAAACAGCAGCCCAUCAGAGCCGAGAGACCCGAUUCAGGAAAAAACGGUAUGGAUUCAAGCUCACUCUCUCGAUCACAUAAGAGACCAAGCAAACAGCAUCAGGACCACUACCACAACCGAAGCCUGACCAGUCCUAUACCACCACCACCACCACCGCGCCAUCCUUCUAAAGCUGAAAGACAAGGGGCUUCCUCGGGUAAACAGCACCAAAGGCAAUAUUCUCAGAUGCUCACUGACGGUACCAGCACCAGCCCUGAAACUAUCCGCAGCCACCUCUCUAAACACAGAGUGCGACAUCAAAGUAGUCACGGCCCAUCCAGGCACUUGGUUCCUAAGCAGGAGAAGGGAUCACCGCCUCCUCUGCAAGCCCCAGGGCUGGAGUCAGAGUCUCAGUCGAGUAAAUCAUCCAGUGCUAGCUCCGAGAAAAGUGUCAGAUCCAAACACAUGGGACACAGGAGGCAGUCUAAACCUCACAGGGAUUCUGUCAGUUCCAUGGAAAGAGUUCAGAUGCUGGAGGAGUACAACAAAGAGCUGCACGAGAACCUGUUGCAGACAGUGGCAUGCAUUGAGAACAUGGAGACAGAAUUGCAAUGUACCAAGUCAGAGUUAGUCAGCUGCAAAGAGAAAUACCGAAGGCUCCAGGAGAGCUAUUCUGUUUAUCAGCAGGCAAACAGCGUCUUGGAGCAGAAACUCAAUUCUGCGGUAGACAGCUUGGACUCAGAGAGGAAGUUCCUCACGCAGAGAGUUGUGGAUCUGACUAAACAGCUGGAUACCGCUCAGAAAACCAUCAACUCUCUGGAAAACAUCAAUAUUCACUCAUUGAUUAGUGAGUUGUUGAAAAAUCACUUUGACUCUCAGAAAGGACUGGAACACUUCUUAUGUCCUCGAAAAUCUCCAGGCCAACCUGAUAGUGACCAAUCAGACAGUGUGCAAGAGCUCAGAAACGAGCAACCAUCUGGAGAAAAAAGGGAAGUUUUUGAAUGGCCACAGACUGGACAGACAUGCUCAGGUGCCAGACAACAGCCUCCCACAGCCUUUUUGCCAUGGAAACAUGAUCAUGAUCCAUGGGCAGGGUCAGAGCAACUUGUGGUUAAAGGAAGUGACUCACAACUUCCUUUUCUUUUUGCUGAUGAUAUGCCAAUCCACAAAACGAUGGCAGAUACAAAGGCCCCAAGUCAUCAAAUGCAUCAGUUAGCCGUGAACACAGAGAUCCACAUUGUUCCCCCAAACCCAUAUAACCUAGAUGAGAUGAGGCUCAGCAGACAGAGAGGUGGAGAAGCAGACCCUGAUUUCACGGUGGGGAAAGACCCUGAUUUCAGCUCUCUCACAGCUCAGAGGAUGCUGAAUGAGCUUUUGAACCAGAUUCCUCCUCCAGCGCAUGAUGGUAAAGGGAAGGAUAGUUUAGAAGCAGUGAUGGGGGGCAGAGAACUAACAGAAGGAAAACAGUAACAUUCAAUCUGAAGUUUAUAUGGUAAAUAAUAUAAGAACUGGAUGAAAAUCGCAAUAACGUCCCCCAUUACCAUGUUGGUAAUUAUGAAAUACACUUCACUUCUAUCUUCACAAGUACAAUUGUUGUAUGCAAA